AUGCAGCAGAUCUACACACGCAGAAACGAGCAUUUUGAAGUCUUCACCACCGUCCUCGCUCCUCAAGGGAGGCGUCGAUACAGAGCCGAAGCUGAAAAGGCAAGUUUAUCUCUUCUUACUGUCGAGCAGAUGGAGGUGGUGCACAGCUCCAGGCCCCGCUGGCAGGACGAGCUGGCUCUGUCCGCAGAAGACGUCAUCCUGGUUCUGUCCAGGCCUGAGGAGGAGAGGUGGCUCGGGCGGCUGCAGGACGGCCGGUGGGGCUACUUCCCCCCCUCUUGUGUGAUGGAGCUGAGCCAGGCCGUUGAGCCUCCUAAAGGCCUGCGAAGGGGCUCGUCUCCGAGGACCCCAGCGGUGGACAGUGAACGCAGCAUGUAUGGAAAGUAAACACAUCACCAAACACAUUCAC